AUACGUUGCAGUUGUGCGCGUACGUGCGCGGUCACGCACGCGUAUUAUUGCCGUGCAGACAGAGAGCCUCCAUGGCGAGUUAAGACGUCUCCUUUCCCCGGUUUUCAACCCGAUCCAGCCUUCCCUAUGCUGCCGCUCGGAGCACACACUCGGCGCCUGUGUCCCCAAUGCGGCGCAACACGGGGAUCGGCCUCUCAGAGACGGGAGAAUUGUUUGUCUGCAGAAUCAUUGCUGCAGGAGGACGUCUGACCUCUGCCGUGUGCAACCAGAGACAUGAGCGUUGUCAGGGACUUACAUGGGAUUGGGUUCAGGGGUGGCGGAGGCGGGGUGGUGGCCUCUCUCAGCGGCCCAGCCCAUUUCACGGAGGAUGCGCCACGGCCGCCGGUCCCUGGCGAGGAGGGCUCUGACGUGGACCCCCCGGUCCAGUCGGCGGUCACCCGUCCAGGCGGCCUAUCCCAGACACUCGGCUUCCCCCUGUCAUCGUUAUCCGCCAAGAUGGGGGAUUCCUCAAGCUACACGCCUUCCUCCUCUUCGGCGACCCCCCGUCGCCCCGACCUGGACUUGGGCUACGAACCGGAGGGCUCGGCCUCGCCCACUCCGCCUUACCUGAAGUGGGCCGAGUCCCUUCACUCGCUCCUGGACGACCAGGAGGGAAUCCAGCUGUUUCGAAACUUCCUGUGCCAGGAAGGCUGCGCGGACCUCCUGGACUUCUGGUUCGCCUGCUCGGGGUUCCGUAAGACCAGCCAGGAGAAGCGGGCCAAGCUGGCCAAGGCCAUCUACAGGAAGUACAUUGUGGACGGAAGCGGUAUCGUCUCCAGGCAGAUCAAGCCGGCCACCAAGAGCUUCAUCCGAGACUGCGUGGGGAGGCCGCAUCCGGACCCCGCCAUGUUUGAGCAGGCCCAGACGGAGAUCCAGGCUAUGAUGGAGGAGAACACCUACCCUCUGUUCCUCAAGUCAGACCUGUACCUGGAAUACACGCGGUCAGGAGGGGAGAGCCCCAAGCUCAACCCCAGUGACCAGAGCCCAUCGUCCGGUCCUGCCAAGCCACUCCCAGGCUGCUUACCCACCCUGACCGAAGACGAGGAGUGGAGGUGUGGAGGCAGUGCGAUAGAAGCGGAGGAAGAGAAAGAGGAGUGUGGCGACACACCGGCUGGAAGGCUGACCCAAAGCCUGCUGAUGAAGACGGUACCGCAGAGGACGUCGACUGGCAGGAGGCGGCAGGACAGCAGGGAGUACAGACCUUGGAGAGAGCCGGUGAACCCGUACUACGCCAACGUGGGCUACGCCCGCGCCCCCGCCACCAGUGCCAACGACAGUGAGCAGCAGAGCAUGUCGAGCGACGCCGACACACUGUCGCUGACCGACAGCAGUGUAGAUGGUAUUCCUCCUUACAGGUAUCGAAAGCAGCAUCGCAAGGAGAUGCAUGAAAGUGCCAAAGCUAACGGACGUGUGCCCCUACCUCAUAUACCUCGCACGUAUCGCAUGCCAAAGGACAUCCACGUAGAGCCUGAGAGGUUUGCAGCGGACCUCAUCAGGAAGCUGGAGAUGGUUCUCAGAGAAAGGGAGGCCGAGGAGCGACUAGAAGAGAGGCUGAAGCGAGUACGACUGGAAGAGGAGGGCGACGACGCCGACGUCUCCGUCAUAACCUCCAUGUCUUCUCACAGCAUACCACUUCCCCUCCCGUCGUCGUUCCCCCCUCUCUACGGCGCUCACUACUCUGAGAACACCGCCAACACGGGAGCCGUCGCCACGUACGGCGGCCUGGUCGCCAUGGAGGAUUCCCUCGACGAUGACCCGGAGUCCAUCCUGGACGAGCACGUGCAGCGGGUGAUGAAAACGCCGGGGUGCCAGUCGCCGGGGGCAACCAACAGCGGCACCUUAGGAGUGGGCGGCCGACAGACGCCUCCCAAGACGUCGCGGUCGCCUGACGGCGGAGUCGGUCCGCCUCACUACCCGCCGCACCGAGGUGGUGGUCACAGUCUGCCUGCUUCUGGGGUCAAAGGAAUCCAUCACCACAAGCAGCUGUACCACCACAGAGGAAGAGACGGCCAGGAGGAAACGGGCUCCAGGUCGCAGCCCAACUUCAUUUGGAAUGGAGAGCCAGCUAGUCAGUACGCAGCAAGAAGUCGAAAUUACGCCGACGGGGCCGGAGCCAGCAUCCUGGAUGGAAUGGGUUACUGUAGUAAAGGGAGCACGCUGUCACGACGUGGCAAAAAGCCGUUGGAGACGUCGGGCAAGGGCGACGAGGGCGGGCGUGGCGUGGAUACCCAGGUACCUCUAGAUGACUUGGAGAGGAACCAGAAGAUCCUUCAGUGGAUGAUGGAAGGCGACAGGCAGAGGAAAAGCUCACAUGGCGGCAGCACCAGCAGCUCCAGGCGGAUGGGAUCCAGCAGCGAGGCGCCGCGUCCCACUUCUGUGGAGCGACCCGGCGCCGUCCAUCCAUGGGUCUCGGCCCAGCUGCGCAACAACCCCUCCUCAGCGUCACCCGCCAUCGUCCCACACUCGGUGGCGGCAGCGCAGGUGCAGCCCUUGCACCCUUUCAUCCAGGACCCGGCCAUGCCCCCAAACCCGGCUCCCAACCCCCUUACCCAGCUGGAGGAGACUCGACGCAGGCUGGAGGAAGAGCGAAGAAGGGCGGCGCUUCAGCAGGCUAAGCCAAGGCACAAGUCUGGAAAGCGGCAAGUGUGUGAGAACAUGACGGUCGCCUACUACUUCUGUGGCGAACCCAUCCCCUACCGGACCUCAGUCAAGGGCCGUGUGGUGACUUUGGGCCAGUUCAAGGAGCUGCUGACCAAAAAGGGCCACUACAGGUUCUACUUCAAGAAAGUCAGCGACGAGUUUGACUGCGGUGUGGUGUUCGAGGAGGUCCGAGACGACGACGCCAUACUGCCCAUUUUCGAGGAGAAGAUCAUCGGCAAGGUGGAGAAGGUGGACUGAAGCGGCGGCGAAAGUGAGGCGACUGUUGCCACGCGGAGUAAGUUUGCAAAUGAAGAAAAAGCAAAGAAAGUGGGAUGAAAGGAAGGAGCAGCGUGUGUAGGAUGUUUGGAUCAAAGACAGGCCGGAAGAUCACGUCUUAUCUUGCUUUCAUUGCGGACCUUUCAAACCUCCUGUCUGUCCACUCUGAAGCCGCCAUGGAGGGAAAGGGGCGGAGCUAAAGUCUUCCACUUGUUCUCCGGAGGAGACCGCGACCAUGCUGCUACACGACCACAGGAUCUCUUCAGUCGGUGCUCAGAGACACCCCGACAACCUCUCCGUUCCUCACCAGCUUGCCACGAGAUUAACGAGGACGGAUUAUGAUAAGGAAGCCGGUCCUUUCGGAGAAACUGAGUCCUGUGACGUCACGUUGCCAUCUCUCCAAUUCAACAGUUCUCUACACAAGGUGUUUACCAAAGCUACUCUUUUAUUUUGAUGGGACAAGUAUGCUUCUGACACGGCAGGUACUAUGACUAAUUCACGUGGUAUUAUGACUAUUGUUCAUUUUCCCGUAUCAGGAUCUCUUUGUUCGUCUUACCCAACAACUUCCUCCGUCUUCUUAUUCUUACACACUCGCCAGCCAGCCGACGCUUGGCAAUGUGACACCCGCUGAUAUUUAUCUGCCUGAACUAGCCAAAGAACACGACCACGCGCCCUCCCCCACCCCCCGCCCGUAUUUGAGUACCACAGACCACAACGAGGAAUGUUGUUCACAUCCACACAAUUGUUGUGGUUUUUCGCUUCGUUUUGAGCGUUUUAACCAAGACGUGGAGAAAACAAAGUCCUUCUCUAUAUCGGGAAGCUACAUGGCAGCGAGUCGCAUGAAAAGAAAUGCCAGCUAGUGGACGGACUGCGAAAGCUAAACCGUCAAAUAAAAAGUCAUCACACUAAAUUAUCCGUUAUGCUUAAAUUAACGAUUUAUUUUAGUACUAAUUUAUUCAAAAACGUGUAUACAAUUGUACUUUUUUUUUUUAAUGGAAAAAAACAUAUUUUAACAUUUGGAGGUGCAUGCUUUGUUGCAGGGGUGUCCAAACUUUUUCCCUCUGUGGGCCCCACACUGAAAAGAAAGCAUAUUUUUAAUUUUUAAUAACAAUCCAAUAUUCUGACCCCUCCGGCUUCCCUCAACUUUGGGUCUCAGUCAUUAAAAAUAGGUCAUGUAUAUAUUAGGGCUCUCAAAAAAAUGGAUUCCGGUACUAAUUGCGAUUAUUUGUAACGAUUCAGAAUCGAUUGAAAACAUUCAAAAAUCUUUUUUUUUUUCUUCCCAAAAAUCAGUGCUGUCCAACCACUUUAUUAAAUGUUUGGGUAGAAUUUUAUUAAACAAAAACAGUUUUCGUUUAAGUAAUAUAGAAAUGUAUCAGAGCUGUUCAUAUAUUUUAUGGAGGAAUGUAGUUAAUCAUAGAACUGGCACCCAAUGUUAUUAAAGUAUUGACUUUGAAUCAAAUCGUGUGGUGCCCAAAGAUUCACAAUCCUAUUCUAUAAAUAUAUAGACAUAUAUAUUUAAUUUUUUAUUUUAACACUUAAAUAUCUAGAGAUUAACUUAAGAUAUAUCCGUUGACAUAAAGUUUAAACUAUUUUUAUGUGUCAUGCCUUAUUUGUCAAAGGCCAAUCCUAAUAGGAAAAACAAAGUAUGCAAUCUGCGAUGAGGUGGCGACUUGUCUAGGGCGUACCCCACCUAGCGCCCGAAUGCAGCUGAACCAGGCUCCCGUAACCCCAAAAAGGGACAAGUGGUAGAAAACGGAUGGACGGAAAAAGUAUACAAUAUUAGCCCCCUAAAAAUGUUUAAAGUAGAAUAUUUGAUGUAAAAUAAUUGGAGCAUAGAUAGAAAAAUUAUUCAUAACAAUAUUGCUUUUGGUUUAUUAUUUUUGGAACAAUGACAUUUUUAAGAAUAAAAGGUCCUGGAGAUCCAAAAGGCCCCCCACUCAUAAAAGUGUUAAAAAUAAGACAUACCAGUAUCAUUUUUAUUUUCAAUGCUGAAAUCGCUAGAACAAAAUUCUGAUGUUUUUGUCGAUUAGAACUUUGUAUUUACUGAGCAAUGACAGAUUUAAAGUAAAGGACAUGGCAGCUUUGUGUUAGGAGAGCUAAUAUUGCAACAUUUUCUCUUUACGUUUGACCACUCUUUAAAGGCCUACUGAAAUGAGAUUUACUUAUUUAAACGGGGAUAGCAGGUCCAUUCUAUGUGUCAUACUUGAUCAUUUCGUGAUAUUGCCAUAUUUUUGCUGAAAAAAUUUAGUAGAGAACAUCGACGAUAAAGUUCGCAACUUUAAGUCGCUAAUAAAAAAGCCUAACCUGUACCGGAAGUAGCAGACCAUGUACGCGUGACGUCACUAGUUGUAGGGCUCUGCACAUCCUCACAUUGUUUAUAAUCAUAGCCUCCAGCAGCAAGAGCUAUUUGGACCGAGAAAGCGACAAUUUCCCCAUUAAUUUGAGCGAGGAUGAAAGAUUCGUGGAUGAGGAAAGUUAGAGUGAAGGACUACAAAGAAGAAGAAAAAAGGCGAUUGCAGUGAGAGCGAUUCAGAUGUUAUUAGACACAUUUCCUUGGAUAAUUCUGGAAAAUCCCUUAUCUGCCUAUUGUGUUGCUAGUGUUUUAGUGAGUUAAACUGUACCUCAAAGUCGGAAGAGUGUGGCCACGGGUGUUUUGACGGCAGAGUCUCUGAGAAAAGUCACGGCAGCUGCAGGAGGUCGCUGGCUCCGCUGAUCUCUGGUAAGAGGCGACUUAUUUUCACAAUUUUCUCACCGAAAACUGCCGGUUGACAUGUAGUCGGGAUCCAUGUUCGCUUUACCGCUCUGAUCCAUAGUAAAGCUUCACCUCCGGGAAUUUUAAACAAGGAAACACCGUGUGUUUGUGUUGCUAAAGGCUUAAAGCUUCCCACCUCCAUCUUUCUACUUUGACUUCUCCAUUAUUAAUUGAACAAAUUGCAAAAGAUUCAGCAACACAGAUGUCCAAAUUACUGUGUAAUUGCGCGAUGAAAAGAGACGACUUUUAGCCGUAAGUGGUGCUGAGCUAAUAUGUCCCCCCCAACCAAUAACGUCACAAACACGCGUCAUCAUUCCGUGACGUUUUCAACAGGAAACUCCGCGGGAAAUUUAAAAUUGUAAUUUAGUAAACUUAAAAGGCCGUAUUGGCAUGUGUUGGAAUGUUAAUAUUUCAUCAUUGAUAUAUAAACUAUCAGACUGUGUAGUAGUGGGUUUCAGUAGGCCUUUAAUGUUUUUUUUGUAACACUUUUAAAAUGGCCCCCGGGGCCGCACUUUGGACACCCCUGCUUUCGACUUUUUAUUCUUCUUUAUACAGCAAACUCGCCCAGACUGGAUCGGCAGCGCCUCUGCUGGUUGCAGCUAUGAAUUGCGCUCAAAAUACUUUAAAGAAAAAUGAUUUUUUUAUUCUGGCAUUUGGAGUUUGUUAACCGAGCGAUAUUUUUUGAAGAAGUGAGUUUUAUCGCUAAGUCGUGCCAACUCGAGGAAUAUUGGUAACAUUUGGUCAACUCCCAGCCGUCCCAUCGUAAUCUGAAUGCCAAGCGGUCUGUUGGGACGUGAAUGUAACUUUCGCCAGCACGUAGGAGAGUGCGUGUGUGCGUGAGUGUGCGUGCGAUAAGGUUUCAUGUUAAUCUGUUAGCAGUUGAAUGUGCUUCUCCAACCAGGAAGUGGGCCUCUGGUGACAUCUUUAUUUUUGUCCUGGGGAGGGAAACAAACGGAACCCAAAAUGACUUCAAACCCAUCCCUCGAUAUGACACUUUUUAAACUGAUUUGUUUGUAUAAAAAAAAUAAUAACUUCAAUAAUCACCAAGCAUGUUCUUUGUAAGGAAUGUUUUCCAGAUGUCCAUGUCGAUGUAUUGUUUGUCUGCAAACUGCAACAUGUUGUGUUGUCAGUUUGUGUAAAACACAGUGCCUUUUUAUCUUAGCUUUCUCUUUUUCUUUAUCGUGUUGUUUAUUUUGCCCCCUCAUUUAGGCCUAUUGUAAUUAUUAUAUAUAUUUUUUAGCUUCCAGACACGCUCGGUCACCUCCUCCUUGUCGUCGCCUGAUGACGGUCUGCUGUAAAUAUGUACAUUUAUCAUUUCAUACACACGCCUUUCUCACCCGCGCCGCACAUCCACGGUGUCACCGAUGUGCUGCUUCCACUUGUACAUUUCUUUGCAAAAGGUACUUCAUAAUAAAGACGAUGGAUAAACA